AUGAACAAGUUCGCUCCUGGCACAAAUGAAUACGAUCGUGUUAGAAAUGUUGUAGUUGACUUUGUUGAAAAUAGUCGCAACGUUCUUGCUAAACGCAGCCCUGCCUAUGAUGGCAUCGUGCUGCUGGAUGAUUUAGUGCAAUGGGCGUUGAAAUGUCAGCCUCUACUUGACUGGCGAUCAGAAUUGGAGACUCGACAUUCAUUUACAUCGCUAGUACCUCUGGACCAUCCAACAUGGUUUACCCACACCAGUCCAUAUGUCUCCUGGUAUCGAGAGCUACGGGGAGUGCUGUGGCAUCGCAGCGAAGUUGGAGACCAAUCAAGUCCUCUAAUGUACGUGGCAAAUAGGAUUGAGGCGGCCUGCACAAAUUUGAAAGCUCUCUAUUUCUCAGGGCUAGGUGCCCAAACAACCGAAGUCCUUCUCGGUACCAAACCCCCCUCAUACACUCAUCUGAAUCAGGUCAUUCAAACGCUCCUUGCGCAAUUCUUCCACAUCGUUAAGAAUGAUGUUUCAGAGCUCAAGAGAAGUUUGAAGAUUCUUAUUGAUAACAGCAAUGAUCUUGAUGACUUAAAAAAGAUGAUGGCAACCAAAUGGAUGUCGCCAUCCUUAGAUGUGUCAAGAGUUUUAAGACAGCUCCUUUUUCUUCCCAGGGAUACAAAAUUCAUGCUUAUCAUUGACAACGCGGAUUUCAUAAGCACCUCUAAUUCCCUGGCCAAGUUUCUGGACACUUGUAGCAAAAGGAUGCCGGUCCUGAUAAGUGGCACAUCAGCUAUCGGAAUAGACAGGUAUAUUCCCGAGGCAAGAAUUGUGGACAAAAAUACGGAAUAUACUGAAUGCUUGGAAUCUCUCAGAUUCGCAGCCAUCCACUUUCGCCGGGAUAAAGUUGCGUCUGCUGAUGAGGGCACAAACGACUGGAUCUUCGCUCAUGAUGCGUACAAGAAAUUCCAAAGAGAGGAUUCAGGUAUCCUAUGGAUCGAAGGGAAAGCUGGAAGCGGCAAAUCCAUCCUGGCGAAAUCCCUGCUCCAGAAACUGCAAUCGCUGCCGAAUGCUAACAGGGCAGCCGACCUCAAAGACAUAGUUGUGGAUUGGUUUUACAGCAGACGGGAUGGAGAAAUCACAAUGGCUCAUAGCUCCAUGCUCCGAUCUAUUGUCUAUAGAGUGUUCAAGGAUAGCCAGGAGACAUUCAAUUGUUGUAAGGCCUCCUACCAGGAGCGGCAGCUUCGACCAGAUGGCUCCAGCGGGGAGUGGUCUUUUGAUGAUCUUCAAUGCAUUAUAAAAAGCAUCGUAUCAUCAAGUAUACCUAUCAUAUGCAUUUUAGACGGUCUCGAUGAGUCUGCAACAAACGAAAAUUUCCAGAGGACCCGUGAGACUAUUCUACGGAAUCUUGUUGAACUCGCCUUGAUACCCGGUUCUCAAAUCAAGUUCAUCAUGCUUAGCCGACCUGCCCCUGACAUAGUCAUGCGGUUCAACAGUCUCGUUGAAAGCACUACGCCCUCCAAAAAAUGCCACAAGAUCAUUCUUCAGCAUGAAAACAGGCAAGAUAUUCUUCGAAUUAUUGACAAUGGCUUGGUUGCUAUUAAAAAGGUCAUGGAGUCCUUAGAUUCAUGGGAUGAGGACAACAGCAGCAAUGAAGAUCCGAUGCCGCUAGAUGAGAUCUUCGAAGAGGUGCCCCUAGAUGCUAUGAAUGGCAUCCGAACUCACUUAGUCAACAAUGCCAAUGGCGUUAUUCUUUUGGUUACGCUUAUAGUCGACCAGCUCAUGCAGCAUUGUCGCACUGGUGGAAUCACAUUAGAGGAUCUUGAAAAGCUACUCCAUUCUCUCCCACAUGAUCUUAUGGAAUACUACGAAUACAUGGUCAAGGAGCUAGAGCAAAAAUUGGAUAAAGAUCAACUAGCAAGGUCAAGGAAAGCUCUCAUGUGGGUAAGUGGAACAAGCUUCGUACGAGCACUUACCAUACAAGAGCUGUGGGAUGCACUGGCUAUCCCCGAAGACGUUCAAAAGGCUCUCCAGUCGCAGAAGGAUUACAGACAGGCCACUGGAUCUUAUUUCAAAACGUGGGCUGGAUUCCGCAGCAUACUUUACACUUGGUGCGGACCUUUUAUAGAAGUUAUGAGGGAUACGACUCGGCGAUACGGCCCUCGGGACGAUCGAGAUCACGUUGAACCGAACUACGUCGUCCAACUUUUACAUCAGACUGUUAAAGACUUCUUGGCAGAUGAGAAAACGUCAAGUACACUUCGUUUCCAGACCGGCGACGCGAUACGAUUCGUGCUAGGUUCUACACAUAUCCAUCUCCAGAUAGUCUUGCCGCAGAAUAUAACAGCAUAUACACAAUUCAGAAGAGAUCCCGACAAAGAAGAUUUCAUGGACAAUCUGAUCAAUUAUCUCAAUACCAAAUGGCUGCUACGCUUUAGUCUAGAGGCCUUUAGCAAGGGUAACUCUAUACAGGAAGCGAUGCCCGAAAUAAGUAUCUUGUCGCACCUUUGGGUUCAAAUCAAUACCUGGUAUGAGCUAAUCACUUCUACGAAUCAAAUCGAGGGGUUUGUAUUGUCCGCAUGUCUGAACGGUAAGAACGUGGCCAUACAAAAUCUGCUCCAUAUCUGCAUCUCGUCUUUCGGGAACUUCCGGUGGUUGGAGAUCCAGGAUCAAUGCCUCGAUGGCGCACUCGUUGCAGCAGCGAGAAUCGACUCACCGGCACUGGUUCGGAGACUCCGAAACCACAGAAACGUGUGGGACAGAGCAAGUGAGUUAAGGAAGAAGGCUAUUCGACAAGGGAAGCUACAAUUAGCAGCUGCGCUUGGCACCGAGAAUUAUAAUCCCGAAAGGGACCUGGAGCUUCAGAUGGCUCUUGGGGACUCUUCGGCAGUGAGUGCCCUCCAAUACGAUUUGGUGAGUUCAACUUUCGGGCUGAGGAGGUUGAUGGCAUCUGAUAGAGCUCGUCAAUAUGGCGUGCAACGAUGUGCAGAGGACGAAGCUCCUGUGAAAGACAGAGAGAAGACAGAACAGUGUAUUGAUAAACUCCUUGCUUUCUUUUAA